AUGGGAGAAAGAGAAGGAACUGACAAGGGUGGAGAAGAAAGGCAAGAAAGGAUGAGGCCGCAGUUUAACCAGCAAGGUUUGCACUCAGGACCAAAAGAAGACCUUUAUUUUGGAGUUUUAACCAAAAAACAUCUGAUAAUGAUAUCUGUGGCCGUUGGACUUGUCAUCCUGGUGAUCAUCAUUACUCUCGCAGCCGUGCUCUCUAAAAAGCCAGGUUGCCCAGCUGCCCCCUCGUUUUCUACUGGUGGAGAUAUGCUGGACUUCCUGGUUCAGUCUGGUGAAAUCAGCAAACCUGACGGUCUGUUGGCUACCUGGUUUCACAGAGCCAAUACCAAGGAGGAAAUGAACAAAGCUCUCACAAGUGACUCUAUGAUCCUGGAGGCUGAUGUCACUCUGGAGGGUUAUGGCACACCAAGUGAGAAGCCAGUGCCUAUCAUGGCCCACCCUCCUGCCAUCUAUAGCGACAACACUCUGGACCAAUGGUUGGAUGCUGUGCUGGCCUCUAGAAAAGGCAUGAAGCUGGAUUUUAAGUCCCUCAGAUCAGUGGGUUUGUCACUGGACCUACUUAUUCAAAAGAACAGUAGUAGAGGAAUAAACAGGCCUGUGUGGCUCAAUGCAGACAUCCUCCAUGGUCCCAACGUACCAGACCUCCUGCCUCCAGUCAAUGGAACCAGAUUUCUGCAGUUGAUUCAGGAGAAAUUUCCAGAUGUGACUGUGUCUCCUGGAUGGCAGGUGGGCUAUUUCCCUCCACUUCACACUAACACCUACACCAGGGCCAUGGUAGAGGGCAUGUAUGAUAUCAUCAAAGAUGUCCCUCAGAAGGUGACAUUCCCAGUCCAUGCUCUGUUGGUUCGCAGUGGCUGGCAGCACAUCAGCUGGCUCCUCAGCCAGUCACCAAGGUUCAGUCUGACAUUGUGGCAGGGUUCAAUUAACCCAAACAUCAGCGACCUGCUGUUUGUGCGUGAGAACAGUUACCCUACCAGAGUCUACUACGACAUUUAUGAACCAACGCUGUCUGAAUUCAAACAGGCCGCAAAGCAGCAGGGACUUCUGAGGAGAUUCUAUCCUGGAGGAAACCUGAUGGAUUUCCUCUUUCCAAUCCGCAACUCAGACACUGACCUCCCGUCUACCGUCACGCGGCAAAGCAGCCUGGAGGUUCGAUGGUUUAGAGUCACUGAUCAGACCUCGGUGUUUGCGCAGCUUUCAGGUAGUGGUGGGGGUAUGUUGGUGGUUCAGGUGACCUCUGACAGUGAGCAACCUGGAGUCCCUCUGGUAGAAGGUUCUGGAAAGAGCUCAGAGGCCCUCACGCUGCAGGACUUCCUGCAGCUGCUCGGGCAGAGAGAUGAUGCACCAUGGGGUAUUAACCUGCGGAUCCACACUCAGCAGCUUCUGGAAGCUUCUCUCAAACUGCUGUCUUCAGCCUACAGCACUGAGAAGCUCUACAGGCCUGUCUGGAUCAGCAUGGAGGGUUUACAGAGCACUGACGACAUCAAGGAGUUUAUGUCAACAGUAGAGAGACUUUUUCCUUAUGUCACCCUCGUCCUGACAGAGCAGGCCUGGCCUCCUCUGCUCCCAGUGACAGGCUUGUCUCAGAGGGUGGCUUUACGCCUGAACACAGCAUCACUGCCGAAAGGACAGGAGGCGCUUCACUCUCUAAUGGAAAUGAUGGACAGGUGGACGGACCUCAUAGUGGAGGACACACAAAGCAGUGCUGAAGCUUUUGCAGCCCUUAAAGGACUUAUGACCCAGUGUACAGGGAGAGCAAAUACCAACCUGUAUUUGAUAUCUGCUAAGUCCUAACUGAGGGUAGAUAUGAACAACCCAGAAUUCCAGCACUGCAAUGGAUAUUUGUGUCAUACAAUCACCCCCAUUUAAUGUGAAUAUUCAUAACAGCGAACAUUAAAACCUUUACACAUUAGUCAUCAAAAACUGACUGGUAUAUUGGGAGGCUAAUGUUAUCAGCUGAUACUGGCUAUUUAUCAAUGUAUACAGUGACGAAUGUAUGUAAGAAAUGAUUGUAUAGAACACCAAUGUGAGUGCUUGAGUUCUCAUCUUCCACCGAAA